UCACUGCGCUCGAGAGACAGUUUAAAAUUUUAUUUCAAAUAAUAGAACACGGACCGAUUCUUGUUUGCGUAAAGAAUAGAAAGCAAAAAGAAAAAAAAUGUCCGAACAAGACGGAAAUCACUGCGAGCCCAUAAAGGAAUUACGUUCCAUGUUCGAUGCGGAUGGGGAUGGAAAAUUAUCCUUGAAUUCUUUAGAAAAGAUGAUGAAAGCAGCCGGGAUCGAACUGGAAGAAGACGAGUUGAAGAACAUUUUAGAAGAAAUAGAUCCUGAUGGGAGAGGUAAAAUAGACUUCUCCAAAUUGCUGUCCGUCAUGGCCAAAGAAAUGAAGAAGCGCGAUUCGGACGAAGAAAUAAUAGAAGCCUUCAAGUUUUUUGAUAAGGAAGGAACGGGCUUAGUGAAUGCAGCGGAAUUGCGCCGUAUAAUGACCACUAUGGGCCAGAAGUUGAGCGAACAAGAAGUGGACGAUAUGAUAAAGCAAGCGAAUGUGGAUGAAAAUGGGAACAUCGAUUAUUGCAAAUUCAUACAGAAGAUGCAAGCCAAAUGGAAGAAUUGUCUACCAUCGCAAUAAUUUGUUACUUUUGCUUUCUAAUAAAAAUUCUGUUUGGCAAUUUGGGAAAGCAAAAUUCAAAAUUUUUAAAAUAAAAUUUAUUCAAUAACUUCAUUA